CCAAUAGGAUGGAGGCUUCCUGGGGAUGCCUUGCCGGCAGCGAGCAUGGCGCCUCCCGCACGCUAUUGCAUUCCUGGUGAGCGGCUGUGCAGCACGGAGGAGGCCACGGCUGGCAGCGGGACCUAUAUCCGUCAUGGCUUCAUCUUCUCCUCGCUGGCYGGCUGCCUGGAGAGGAAGAAUGAGGACAGCGAGCUGCCCGUGGUGUCGGUGGUGAGAGACAGUGAGUCCCAGCUCCUCCCCAAUGUGGGGGCCGUGGUGACAUGCAAGGUCUGCAGCAUUAACUCUCGCUUUGCCAAGGUGCACAUCCUGUAUGUUGGCUCCACACCGCUGAAAUCCACCUUCCGAGGGACCAUUCGUAGAGAAGAUAUUCGAGCCACGGAGAAGGAUAAGGUAGAAGUGUACAAGAGCUUCCGCCCCAGUGACAUCGUCUUGGCCAAAGUUAUCUCCCUGGGGGAUGCACAGUCCAACUACCUGCUGAGCACAGCAGAGAAUGAGCUGGGCGUGGUGGUGGCACGCAGCGAGGCAGGGGUGCAGAUGGUGCCCAUCAGCUGGUGCGAGAUGCAGUGCCCACGGACACACACCAAGGAGUUCCGUAAGGUGGCCCGGGUACAGCCCCAGUUCCUGCAGACGUAACAGCUGAGGGGGACAGGGWGCUGCAGGACUGAGCCCUGUGGAGCCAGAGCCUCCCAAGUCCAGCCAGGCCCCCACUGGCAGGACAGUUUUGCUACUUGUGGAUAAUAAAUAUUUUUUGAGAGCCCCAUGCUUUGUUCAUUACAGCCUACAGGCGAGCCAGGGCUGCUUGUGGCAUUCUGGUCUGGCUCCUGCAGCAGAGCUGGUGAGGGAACAGUUUCCCCAGCACCAGGAGGAAGCACAUGUUCCCAACUGUGGAAGGGGAGCGAUUCAGUGGCUUUGUUGCAGUGAGGCUAAGGGCACAGAGCCCCAGGCUGUGGCUGUGCUGCUCUAGGCACUCGCCAGGGUUGGUUUUCCCACGUCCCAGUCAAGCCUGGAGCAGAGCCUGUCUCAGCACACUGAUAACAAGUGUGGGCUGCAGCUGGGAACAGCCUGAGGACACCAUAUCUCAUCUCCUUGGGCCACACGUGUCCUGCCCUAUGGAGGAGGGUGUGGCACACACAGCACGGCAGGGUGUCGCCCUGUAGGGCAGGGAUUGCGGAGCUGUGCUUUGCUCCUUGAGCCCGGCCCAACUUCUGCACCCUCAUGUCUGUGCCCARCCGCAACUACUGCCUUAUCCACACAGCCCAGAGACACACGGACACCUUCUUAUUGCGCAUUACUCCUUUAUUGAACUGGAACAAGACAGCUGCUAUGGUUGGACAGUUACACUGACCCUGUGCAAACCCAGGCUCACGACGCCAGCAGGCAGGGAGGGCACAGUGACAG